AGAGAGGGGGAGUGUGAGAAGAAGGAUCUCCUCUCGUAACUACUACAGAGACCAAAGUGUUACCUCUCCGGCAAAACACGUUCUAUAAAUGUAGUAUUUCUUAGCCGAGCCCUUCACGCCCUUUGCUAACUGCCAAGAUAAUACGGAACCAGAAUUCCAAGUAUAAAACACUCCCCCUUUUUCAUAGCAAAAAGUACAGGGAGCCGCCGCGGAGAUAUUGGAACCAAAACAACUUAUGAACCGAGAAAAGCGGUGCAGAGCCCCAACGCCUUGGCACUGGCCCUCGGAAAGAUGGAGAGUUAGGGGCUGAGCACAAUGGAAACUUUCUCAGUGUUCCCCUCCUGCCGAGCCCCAGAAAAAGGAAGCUCGUUCCACUGAGUUCAACCCCAGACUGACUGCUCAGCUUCCUUCCUGCUGCUGCUGCUGCUCUCACACGGGGACAUCUCCCUGACUGAACAGUGAGAGACAGGAACAUCACUGAGACUGCACUGACAGGGUAACAUCGCUGUGUGACUGCAUAGAGACAUAGUAACAUCACUGAGACUGUACCAGGAGAGUAACAUCGCUGUGUGACUGCAUAGAGACAUAGUAACAUCACUGAGACUGUACCAGGAGAGUAACAUCGCUGUGUGACUGCAUAGAGACAUAGUAACAUCACUGAGACUGUACCAGGAGAGUAACAUCGCUGUGUGACUGCAUAGAGACAUAGUAACAUCACUGAGACUGUACCAGGGGAGUAACAUCGCUGUGUGACUGCAUAGAGACAUAGUAACAUCACUGAGACUGCACUGACAGGGUAACAUCGCUGUGUGACUGCAUAGAGACAUAGUAACAUCACUGAGACUGUACCAGGAGAGUAACAUCACUGUGUGACUACAUAAAGACAUAGUAACAUCAUUGAGACUGCACCAGGAGAGUAACAUCACUGUGUGACUGCAUAGAGACAUAGUAGCAUCACUGAGACUGCGCCUGCAGAGUAACAUCGCUGUGUGACUGCAUAGAAAGAGAGCAACAUCACUGCGACUACACCGGGAGAGUAACGUAACUGUGUGGCUGCACAGGGAGAUCGAGAGAGAGAAACAUCACUGUCACUGCUCAUAGACAGAGUAUCAUUACUGUGACUGCACCAGGAGUGUAACAUCACUGUGACUGCACAGACAGGAGAGUAACACUGUGACUGCACAAGCAGAGUAACAUCACUAACUGCACAGAGAGAGAGAGAGAGUAACAUCCAGCAUGAGAGUAACAUCGUAGUGACAGUACAAGGAGGAUAACAUCACUUAUACUGCAGGAGCAGAGUAACAUCACUGGCUGCAAUAGGACAGAGAGUUGCACAUUGUACUGAGACUGGAGGAGAGUCACGUAGAAGGCUUUGCAUUAACUGCAUGGUCAGGUAGAGUGGCACGGAGUACAUCUCACUGGCACUGGUUGGGGACCAGGGAACGAAGGUCACAGAGAAGGCUUUACAAGUUGGGGAAGAGCAAGAGCAGAUGACAGCACCUCUACCUCUUUAAUUGGCAAUUACUUCACAGAAAGAGGUGCCCAGAGGAGAGACAACACUGCUGAUUUGUUUAUGGAGUUUUGGGCAAGAGCCCAGAGCCGCUUUCUUCAGUUGAGCGUUUCGGGCAAUGCUGUUCUGGAAGAGAAGCCAUUGGGAACCCCGCACGUAAGACUCCAGUGCAGAGCCACCUCCUUACACUACUAUGGCUGUAUUUUGUUAUGCCUUGAAUAGCUUGGUGAUCAUGAAUAACAGCAAUGUGAAUGCAGGCAGUGUCAGUGUGACUAAAUCUAGCCCUAGUUGCCAGAGACCAGUGCUGCCUGUACCCGAGAGACGGAGUGCCUAUUAUCCAGCAAGCCCGUCUAUGCCACUCUGUAGCCCUGGUCCCUCCAGCCCCGGGUGCUCUCCCAAGAACAACUCAAGAGCUUUUAUUUUCCCUACGGAAGAGCCAGAUCAACUCUCAUUGAGAAAUUGCAGCCCAAGCUGGAAUAGGAGAGACAGACAAAUGCCAAGAGGUGACCGCAGUCCUUCUCCUCUAAGGCUUCCUGGAGAGCAUUUGGGAGAAACAGGGUCUUUGAUAGCCUCACGUUCCAGGACAUUGUCAGAACUUGGACAAGGCUCCAGUUCGGGAUCUGGAAUGGGUCAGGGGUCAUGGUUAACGGAAUCCGAAGAGAAGAGGCGUCUGUCUCGGAUUCAGAGGGAACUCCAGAAUGUGCAGGUCACUCAGUAUGUGGAGCUUUUUGAAGCCCACAUUCAAGCCCAAAACAGUCCCACUUCACCGGUGCGUUAUAGUCCCCGACUGGGCAGUCGGUCUCCAUCACCUUUACGCAGAAACAGAAUAGAAGAGACAGCAUUUAACUUUGGACCAGAAACACGCCGCAGGCUGUCUUGCUCAAGCCAGGAAGAAACAUCAACGGCUCCUCCAUCACCAAUGUUGAUUUCUCCAUGUAUAGCUAACAGUGCACCAUGCACAGGAGAGCUGUUCAACCCUUCUCUCCAGGUGAAUGACUUUGAAAAACCAAACUCACCUGGGAAUGCAAAGCCAGGACCCAUACCUGCUGUCAUUGUGACUGACCAUGGAGAAGACAGCGAAGAACAAGCAGAAAGCAUUAGCCCAGACACCAAUCCAACAUCUUUACCUAGGAAACUGUCAUCCUCCUCUGCUUCCUCCACUGGCUUUUCUUCCUCUUGGGAUGAAUCAGAGGAUGAUAUCUCCAGUGACCCAGAGAAGUCCCCAGAGAAGAGCACUCCUUUCCUGCAGACUAUCGAGCAACCAAAGCCACGGGUGAGCAAAUCAUGGCGGAAGAUCAAAAACGUGAUUCAAUGGUCACCAAUUGUCAUGUCCUUCAAGAAGAAGUACCCAUGGAUACAGCUUGCAGGGCAUGCAGGUAGUUUUAAGGCGGCAGCCAACGGGAAGAUCCUUAAGAAACACUGUGACUGUGAGCAGCGUUGCCUCAGUCAGCUGAUGAAUGAUGUUCUAAAGCCCUAUGUUCCGGCCUAUCAUGGCGAUGUGCUGAAAGAUGGGGAGAGGUACAAUCAAAUGGAUGAUCUGCUCUGCGAAUUCGACAGCCCUUGCAUUAUGGAUUGCAAGAUGGGUGUCAGGACUUAUUUAGAGGAAGAGCUGAUGAAAGCCAGGAAGAAGCCCAGCCUGAGGAAGGAUAUGUAUCUCAAAAUGAUUGAGGUAGACCCGCAAGCCCCGACAGAGGAGGAGAACCAGCAACGUGCCGUCACCAAGCCCCGUUACAUGACAUGGAGAGAGACCAUCAGUUCCACGUCUACUCUUGGCUUCCGUAUUGAAGGCAUCAAGAAUGAGGAUGGAACAGUGAACAGAGACUUUAAAAAGACCAAAACGCGAGAGCAAGUGAUGGAGGCAUUCCGAGGUUUUACUAAAGGAAACCAAAAGAUUUUGAAGUUGUACCUAGAGCGCCUGGAGGACAUGCGUGCCAUGCUGGAGAAGUCUCCUUUCUUUGAGACCCACGAGGUGAUUGGAAGCUCCUUGCUGUUUAUCCAUGAUAAGAAGGAGAACGCCAAGGUGUGGAUGAUUGACUUUGGUAAAACCACUCCACUGCCAGAGGGGGAAGUCCUAACCCAUCGGAACUCCUGGGUGGAAGGGAACCGAGAGGACGGUUACCUGGGGGGUCUGGAUAAUUUGAUAUACAUCCUAACGGAGAUGGUGAGAGAUGGAGAGAAAGAAGAAGACAAAGAAGAAGAAAAAGAAACACAUUAAAGGCACCAUCCCUGGGAAUGAUACUCUAGGAAAGCACUACAACUCACUUUCUGGACCGCACCUCUUUAUCCCCUUAUGGGAGGGACUGGAUGUACCACUCCUCCAGCAGCUGCAGGGGAGGCCAGAAAACAGACUAAGCUAUUUUAAAAAAAAUCUGUGCUUUUUAGAUUUUGUACAUAGUUUCUUACCAGAA